AGAGAAACUACGCGAGUUAUGGGUCAUCCCACUCUUCUUCUUGCUGGUAUCCGGCUUGUCUGGUCUUAUUGCCAACGUAUUCGCUCGAAUAUGCUACCUUAAACGUUCCCAAAGAAACUUUGCUAUCGCCGCCUCCAUGUUCAUGAAUUCCAACUCUCUUCCUGUUGCACUAAUGCAAUCCCUUGUCGCCACGGUUCCAGGGCUAAAAUGGACACCCGAUGACGACCAAAACGCCAUGUUUGGCAGGGCGCUCACCUAUCUCGUUGUCUUUAGCACCCUUGGCAUGAUGCUACGGUGGAGUUAUGGUGUCCAAUUGCUCUCGCAUGCAGAUACGGAAGAGCCUGAGUUAAUCGACCAGGCUGCAUCAGGGCGUUCGGGUGAAUCGGGCGCAAACAAAAAGAUAUGGAUACAGAGUCCAACACCGGAAAUCGGGUCUCGUGGAUCAGCUCAGAACACUCUCCAGGCACAAAUUUACCCCCGAUACCGCCACCGAGAGUUCGCCGCCCACCUUCCCCCCGCAGGUUUCGGCGAAGAAAUCUCCAGCUCGACGCCGUUUCAUGCCCCGUCGGACUCCGACCUCGAAACAGAUUCGGACGAGACGCUCGUCGUUCACCCACUCCCCGCGCCAUCGCUUCUCUCCAAUACCACGUACACCCCGUCUUCACACGACUAUGCCAUCGAUGCACCCUCUCGUUCCACCACGGCGAGGGAACGGCUCCCCUCGUAUCGUACUAUCUCCCUAUCCCAACCUCUACGCACCCUCAUCCAACGGAUACGCAUACCAACUCCACCACCGCCUCUCUUCGCGUCCCUCCUCGCACUCCUGCUCACACUUCCACCAUUUCAGCCGAUGCUCAAAAGCGAUUUGGUGGCCCCUGUGAAAGGCGCACUGGACAGUGCAGGAGCGUGCAGCGUUCCCUUGACGUUGGUCGUGCUCGGGGGAUGGUUUUGGGAGGAUAAUGGGAAGGAAGGGAAGGAUGCUAAACGAAGACAUAGGAGUGGAGCCGAUGAUGGUAGUAUGACCGAGAGUACAAGACACGAAACAAGGAUCCCAGGUGUACCCGGCCGGGCUGAUGACGAGAGCGAACUCGAACAAGAUGGAAUCGAACGGGAGCUCCGAGAAAAUCACGACAGCACUCACACACAGACACGUCGCCGGCAAGUUCUCGCAUGCGGAAGCGCCGAACCGCUCGCUGCCCGCGAUCGCAUGCAAGAACAGGCUCGGCAUGGUGUUAGUCGCCGGGACAGCGGCAACAUCUCCCGUUCUCCGUCGCUGUCGUCGCUAUUCAGCGUGCUACAGGAUAUAUGGAAGAUGACCCCUGUUAGUGGGAGACGGAGGCGGAGGGGACCUAUACAUCUCGCAGAUGACUAUGACGAACAGGAUCGUGACGUAGAUAUCGAAGCGGGAGAGCGUGCAAUAUGGCGUAUGCGUUCGUCCACGAGCCCUAAUGGGAAACAGACGAGCGGACAUACCGAUGCCAUCGUUGACAACGACCCUACCAAAGCUGUCCGUCCUACACCUCCCCCAGGCGAAACAACAACCGUCGUCAUCACUCUUCUAUCCAGAAUGAUCCUCACGCCGCUCCUUAUUCUCCCUUUAAUGGCUUUUCUCAAAAUACGGGGUGAUGGAGAGGGUGGCAUCAAGGUAUUUGACGAUCCUGUGUUCAUCGUAGCAACGAUUUUGCUGGUUGCGUCACCACCUGCGUUGACGCUUGCACAGGUUCGUUCGUUCAUUAUAUUUCGCAAAGGGCCGCAGCAGAGCCAAAACCCACACCCGAACUCGAGGUCACAGCUGCAACUACGGCAUCAACUUUUGCAGGACCAACACCCGUCCCAUCUGACACAUCCACUGCAGCAUCGGCUCCAGCGCCAGUGUCCCCUCCAACAUCACCAACACUCACCGGGGCAUCAUCGUCCGAAGCAAAUUCACCAUUCGAGCGCCUGAUCUCCCGUACUGUCUUUUGGGCCUACUGCGUGGUCACCCCACCGGUAACGAUUGCUUGUGUAUUGAUCGGGAUGGUCUUUAUGUCGUUGUGACAAUGCUGUUGAGGUUCUUUUCUUUUCUUUUGUCUCGUACUGUACGUGCGCUUCGUAUUCGAUGAUUUUUCGUGCUUCAUUUGGUGGUAUGAAGAGAAGUAGGGAAGGUCUCGCUUCGUUUUAUAGUAGAAGGGUAGCCUCACGGUUGGACGGGUCCCGUAGUGAGACUCAACUUUCGUAGACUGACUUCAUGAGAUGCAAGGUUUUUUGUUUGUCUUAUUUCCACUUCAUGGCUACUUAUGCAUGUGCAUGUAUAUAUAU